GAGCGUUUGUACAACGUGCAUGAUUGCGGGACGUCCCAAGUAAAGUUUUCGACGUCGUGCACUCGUGAGUCGUGACUCGUACAGACUUUAACAGUAUAAAUCCGAGUUAAUACUCAUUAUCUAUUUAAAAAUUAUUAAAAACUUUAGCAGCCAGCAAGUGUUUUUGUCCUAUGAUAUAGAACUUACACAACAUUUUUGAAAUCAGUCAUGACUGAAACUCGUAAAGGCACUGUUAAGGUAGAGUACCUGCGACAGAUUGAAAAAGAUAUCCAACGUCAAUGGGAUGAACAAAAGAUACAUGAAAUCAAUGCACCGCCAUCCAAGAAUAUUAAGAGGAACGGUGAUGAAAAAUAUUUGGCUACGUUUCCUUUUCCAUACAUGAAUGGUAGACUACAUUUAGGACACACAUUUUCCCUUUCGAAAUGCGAGUUUGCGGUCAGAUAUCAACGUUUGAAAGGCAAACAAGUCUUGUUUCCAUUUGGUUUCCAUUGUACGGGUAUGCCUAUCAAAGCAUGUGCAGAUAAAUUAAAAUGGGAGAUCCAGACAUUUGGCUGUCCUCCAUGCUUUCCAGAUGAUGAUGAUGAGGAAUUAGAAGUUGAAAUAAAUACAGAUAUUAUAAAGGACAAGAGUAAAGGCAAAAAGAGUAAAGCAAUUGCAAAAGGCAGUAAAGCAAAGUAUCAAUGGCAAAUCAUGAAAAGUUUGGGUUUUGAAGAUGAUGAACAAAUACGAAGUUUUGAAGAUCCUUUGACGUGGUUGAAUUAUUUUCCUCCAUUAGCUGUCAACGAUCUUAAAAGUAUUGGUAUUCAUGUUGAUUGGCGUAGAACAUUCAUUACAACAAAUGAGAAUCCUUUUUUUGAUAGUUUUGUUCGUUGGCAAUUUUUACGCCUUCGAGAUAAUAAUAAAAUAAAAUUUGGAAAACGGUAUACUGUUUUUUCACCAAAAGAUAAUCAACCAUGCAUGGACCAUGACAGAGCCAAAGGUGAAGGUGUUGGUCCUCAAGAAUAUACUUUAGUUAAAAUGAAAUUAGUUCAACCCUAUCCUGAAAAACUUAAAUUCACCAAAAAGUCUUUAAAAAAUAAACCAGUAUUUUUAGUUGCUGCUACUUUACGACCAGAAACAAUGUAUGGUCAAACCAAUUGUUGGGUACACCCGGACUUGGAAUAUGUUGCUUUUAAAUUAAAAGAUGAAAGUAUUUUCGUUUGUAGUGAAAGAGCUGCUAAGAACAUGUCAUAUCAAGGGUUUACAGCAAAAAAUGGAGAAUAUGAAAUUAUCACAAAACUAAAAGGACAAGAUAUUUUAGGUGCUAAGUUGAACGCACCACUUAGUUUUAAUGACAUUAUAUAUACCUUACCAAUGUUAUCUAUCAAGCCUGAUAAAGGUACUGGAGUUGUUACAAGUGUUCCUUCUGAUUCACCAGAUGAUUAUGCAGCUUUAACUGAUUUAAAAAAGAAACCAGCAUUCCGUGAAAAAUAUUAUAUUACUGAUGAAAUGGUUCUUCCAUUUGAACCUAUACCUAUUAUUGAAAUCCCAGACUUUGGAAACUUAUGUGCUGUAACAGUGUACGAUGAAUUAAAAAUACAAAGUCAAAAUGAUAAAGAUAAAUUACAAAUAGCUAAAGAGAAAGUUUACUUAAAAGCAUUCUAUGAAGGGGUACUAAUUGUUGGUGAAUUCAAAGGGCAAAAGGUACAAGAUGUUAAAAAAGCUUUACAAAAAAAACUUACUGACUCCAAAGAAGCUGUUAUUUAUUAUGAACCUGAAAAAACAAUUAUGUCUAGGUCAGGCGAUGAAUGUGUUAUUGCAUUGUGUGAUCAAUGGUAUUUGGAUUAUGGCGAAUCAGAAUGGAAAGCAGCUGCAGAGUUGGCAUUAAAGAAUUUGAAUACUUACCACGAAGAAGUUAGGAAAAACUUUACAUCGUGUUUAAAUUGGUUACACGAAUAUGCUUGUUCUAGAACUUACGGACUAGGAACAAAAUUGCCAUGGGAUGAAUAUUGGUUGAUUGAGUCUUUAUCUGAUUCUACUAUUUAUAUGGCAUAUUAUACUGUUGCUCAUUUUCUACAAGAAGGAACGUUCAAAGGAGAAAAUGGAAACAGUUACAAUAUCAAGCCAGAGGAGAUGACUCCAGAAGUUUGGGAUUAUAUAUUUUUGGAUAAUAAAAAUUAUCCUAAACAAUGUAAAAUUAAUAAAAAAUAUUUGGAUAUUAUGAAAAAUGAAUUUGAAUACUGGUAUCCUGUAGACUUACGAUGUUCUGGUAAAGAUUUAAUUCAGAAUCAUUUAACAUUCUUUAUAUAUAACCAUUGUGCAAUUUGGGCAAAACGGCCAGAUCUUUGGCCGAAGAGUAUAAGAGCAAAUGGACAUUUAUUAUUAAAUUCAGCCAAGAUGUCUAAAUCGGAUGGAAAUUUCAUGACAUUGGAAGAAGCGGUGAAUAAGUUUAGUGCUGAUGGUAUGAGAUUUUGUUUAGCCGAUGCUGGAGAUGCAAUUGAAGACGCAAAUUUUGUUGAAAAUAUGGCUGAUGCAGGUAUUUUAAGAUUAUAUACGUUUAUUGAAUGGGUUAAAGAAGUACUAGCUUCAGAGGCUACACUUAGAAAUGGGCCGACUGAUUCGUUUACAGAUACUGUAUUUAUGAGCGAAAUAAAUCUUAAAAUUCAACAAACUGGUGAAUAUUAUGAAAAACUUUUAUUCAAAGAAGCUUUGAGAACUGGUUUCUUUGAAUUACAAGCCGCUCGUGAUAGAUAUCGUGAACUUUGUGGUAAUCCAGAACUUGGAGGUGAAUGUAUGCAUAAAGAACUGAUAUUCCAUUUCAUCAAGGUUCAAACUAUUUUGUUGGCUCCAAUUUGUCCACAUGUCUCCGAACAUGUUUACCAGCUAUUAGGAAAUAAUGAUAGUGUUGUCAAAGCAAGUUGGCCACAAGCCGAUAAAGUUGAUUAUAAGCUACUUCAAAGCGGUGAAUACUUGAUGGAAGCAGCCCAUUCGUUUAGACUGCAACAAAAAAAUAUUUUGAACAUUGGAGCAAAAAAGAAUCUUGCCAAAGCCAAAGUGGUGGAAAAACCUACAAAAGCCAUUGCAUGGGUUGCAAAAACAUUCCCCCCAUGGCAAACGACCAUAUUGGAAACAAUGAAACAGCUUUAUUCGGAAAACGGCAAUAUUUUACCAGACAAUAAGGUCAUUUCGUCUGCUUUGGGAAAAAAAGAUUCACUUAAAAAAUACAUGAAACGAGCAAUGCCGUUCGCACAAAUGGUGAAAGAGAAAUUGAUCAAGGUGGGCGAUUCCGCUUUCAACGUCAAAUUAGAUUUUGACGAAAAGCGCGUCCUCGAAGUGAACAGAACCUAUCUAGAAAACACUUUGGAUUUGGAAAAUUUUGACAUUAAAUACUCAGACAGUAGCGAAGCACCUGAAAAUAUACGUAACGAAUGUUGUCCGGGAGAACCGUACAUUACGUUCUUGCCGCCGGACGCAUCGCUGAGUCUUCUCGUCGUCAAUCCACAGCCGCAAAAAGCGUUUUUCCAACGGGAACUUUCCGUUUACGAUGGCGACAGCGUUGAAAAGUUGAUAAAGAGGCUGAAAAAAAUAGAUCUAAAACUGACAUCCAACAAAAUAAGUCUAUGGCGAUAUAAAGAUCCAGUUUUGGGACCAAGGUUGAUACCCAAUUAUUUACAACCGACAGAGAACAGCGUUGUGAUGACUUCAGAAACAAGAUUUUUCAUUGAUACGGAAAAGAAAAUCAUUGGAUAUACUGACAGCCAGUCGAAAAAACAUCCGCUUGGAAAUAGCUUAAUCUAUCUUGUUCAGUAGUUAAGUUGUCCUGUAUGUUCUGUUUUAUAUCAAUUUAAUUCAAAAUUUGAUGUUCUGGCUACUGACUAUAUAAACCUCUACUUGUCAUGAAGAUUACCAUCGAUAUCAACAGUAAUGAUUCCUAACUUCUUUCUUUCUUACUUUAUGGGGUGAAGAAUCCAUAAUGAGUACAUUACUUUGAUAAUCUAACAAACAUAAUCAAUAUAUUUCAUAAAACUACAUUCAAUAAAAAUGUUUUUCAUUAUAUAAA